AGCUCUUCAGCUACGCAUAUACAAAGAGAAUGGAAGAAGGGUUGUUAGUAAAAGAGAGAGAAGUGAAGGCAGAAAGGCUAAUAUGGGGACUUAUAGGCCAAGAAAUGAAGAGACUUUGCUGCAUAGCGGGACCUAUGGUGGGUGUGACUCUAUGCCAGUUCUUGGUCGAAGUUAUAUCUUUGAUGAUGGUUGGGCACUUGGGUGAACUUUCACUUUCAAGCUCCACCAUAGCCAUUUCUCUUUGUGCUGUUACUGGCUUCAGUCUUCUUUCAGGGAUGGCAAGUGCUCUCGAAACUCUAUGUGGGCAAGCUUAUGGAGCCCAGCAAUAUCUAAAGCUUGGAACCCAUACGUAUACUGCUAUCUUUUGUCUCCUCAUUGUUUGUAUCCCUCUCUCUAUCAUCUGGAUGUACCUGGGAAAAAUUCUCGCUUUGACUGGACAAGAUCCUCUGAUUUCACAUGAAGCUGGAAUAUUUGCCACCUGGCUUAUUCCAGCACUCUUUGGCUAUGCAACUCUUCAACCACUUGUUCGGUACUUUCAAAUGCAAAGUCUGAUUUUUCCCAUGCUCGUAAGUUCCUGCAUCUCAAUUUCUUUCCACAUACUCAUAUGUUGGGUGCUUGUACACAAUUCUGGAUUAGAGAAUCAUGGAGCUGCAUUAGCUAUUGGUAUUUCAAUGUGGUUGAACGUAAUUAUUCUCGGUUUGUACAUGAGCUGCUCUUCUUCCUGUGAAAAAACCCGUGCUCCAAUUUCAAGGGAGGUGUUAUACGGAGUGAAAGAAUUUUUCCGCUUUGCUAUUCCUUCAGCUGUCAUGAUAUGCCUUGAAUGGUGGUCAUAUGAAAUUUUGAUUUUGUUAUCAGGCCUUCUGCCAAACCCACAGCUUGAAACAUCUGUCCUAUCUGUCUGCCUAAACACUAUUGUUACACUAUAUGCAAUACCGUAUGGACUUGCUGCUGCAGUAAGCACCAGAGUUUCAAAUGAGUUAGGAGCAGGAAACCCAGAAGGUGCUCGAGUUUCUGUAGUUGGUGUGAUGGUUCUUGCUGUCACAGAGGUGAUAAUAGUAGAUGGAGCCCUCUUUGCUAGCCGGCAUGUUUUUGGCUAUGUUUUUAGCAGUGACAAAGAUGUUGUGGAUUACGUCACAACCAUGGCUCCCCUAGUUUGUCUAUCUGUUUUAAUGGAUAGUCUACAAGGAACCCUUUCGGGUGUUGCAAGAGGAUGUGGCUGGCAGCAUAUUGGAGCCUAUGUCAAUCUUGCGUCAUUUUAUCUUGUUGGAAUUCCUAUUGCUCUUGCAUUAGGUUUCAUGGUAAAGAUAAGAGGGAAAGGUCUUUGGAUCGGUAUCCUAUCCGGUGCUACUGUACAAAGUUUACUGCUCUUUAUUGUAACAAUAUGCACAAAUUGGGAAAAACAGGCAAUAAAGGCACGAGAGAGGCUGUUCCAAGAAAAUGUUUCAGCUGAAGAAGGACUAAUGUGAUACGAAGAACCUACUGCAAGUUGCUGUAAUCCUGUUAUGCCUUUGAUGGUUGUAUGAAGCUGGAGCUGAGGACUGUUAUUGCCUAGAAAUUGCUAAGGAUUGUUAUUGCCUAGGAAUAUAUAGCUAAGGACUGUUAUCCCCUGGGAAUAGCUGUUCUGUUGCUGCUCCUUUUGGGAGGUUUAGAGACAGGUUAGUGACUGAGAAGUUCCUGUCUGUUUGUAAAAUUUACUUCCGGAGUGAAAUCCCUUCUCUACCACAGGAAAAUUUACUUGGAAACAGUUUAAGUGU